UUUUGUUGGGUGGUAACAUUUGUGACAUUUCCCUUUCUUCAAGUUAUAUAUUGAGAGAAGGGGGAGAGAGAGAGAGAGUGUGAAGAGAGAGAGAGUAUUGAAAUGGUGCUGUUGGAGAAGCUUUGGGACGACGUACUGGCCGGUCCCCAGCCUGAUCAAGGGUUGGGAAAACUUAGGAAGCUCUCUACCAAGGCCCUCAGCGUGAAAGAUGUAGGGGGAGAAGGAGAAGGGAGCAACAGUAAGUUUGGGAGGUCACUUUCGAUGCCGGGGACUCCCCCGACGCCGGGGACGCCCAUGACGCCGGGUUCGGCGAAGAAGGAUAACGUUUGGAGGAGCGUCUUCAACCCCGGAAGCAACCUUGCCACCAAGACCAUCGGUGCUGAGGUCUUCGAUAAGCCUCAGCCAAACUCCCCAACCGUCUAUGACUGGCUUUACAGUGGCGAUACCCGAAGCCGCCAUCGCUGAUCGGUGUGAGAGAAGGCACUCGAAACUUCUGUACAGGCUUCGACUCUUUUUUUCUUUUCUUUUUUUUCCUUCUUUUUUUUAUUCAGGCUUUUUCCUGCAUCUAUAAUAUCUAUGUUAAAAAGGGCAUGUGCCAUGAGACAUGCUUCUUGUGGCACCCACGUGUGAACAUUAGAAAUGGGCACGUGUAGUCUGAUACUAAGUUGUGUGAGAGUUUAGAUAUGGGCACGUGUAAGAGCAACAGGAUUUGUCACUCUGUUGUUGUAAAUAUUAAUUUUCAUGGAGACGCAUGACCUCAGUGUUCUGUUUCACUUUUUAAUCGGUUAUUAAGAGUGGUUUCUUUAUAUU